CUCGGCGCUGUGAUCAUGCUGAAGGUGUUUGUGGAUCUGAUGUCACAGCCAUGUCGGGCUCUCAUCAUCUUCCUCACCGUCAAUAAAAUCCCACACACUGUUCACACCGUGGCGCUGCGGAAAGGACAGAACAGAACUUCAGAGUUCACUAAACUGAACCCAAUGCAGAAAGUUCCGGUCAUGGAGGAAGACGGUUUCGUCCUCACGGAGAGUGAUGCCAUACUGAAAUAUCUGGCCGCUGCCUACACUGUCCCGGACCACUGGUAUCCACGGCAACCACAGAAGAGGGCGAGAGUGGACGAGUACACGGCCUGGCAUCACAUGAACACACGCCUCCAUGCCUCCAAAGUGUUCAUCACAGAGGUAUUAAUGCCACGGAUGACAGGACAGCCAGUGGACAAUGUUAAACUGCAGCAUGCUCUGAGGGAACUAGACAAGACGCUGGACAAACUGGAGACGAUGUUUCUGAAGGAGAAGGACUUCCUGUGUGGCGAUGACCUCACACUGGCCGACCUACUUGCUGUCUGUGAGCUCAUGCAGCCCUUAGGUGGAGGCAGAGACGUGCUGGUGAAUCGGCCGAGGCUGCAGGAGUGGAAGAGUCGGGUUCAGUCUGUGCUCGGUAACCCAUUUGAUCACGCCCAUAAAGUCCUGUACAGACUGAAAGAUAAACACAUCAGCAAACUCUAAAAACACACACAUACACAGGAUUGGGUCUCAUCAUGUGGUAGAUGUUACGGUGGAUCAAUCUGACACCCAGGGAAUGACAAAUCAAGAAACAGGAAACAUUACUGUCAAUAAAUAAUUUUAAAAUUUUACUUUCAGAUUUGUUACGAUGAAAUAAUUUUAUAAAUACAGUAUAGCUACCCGCAUUAAUAUUCAGUAUAGCCUCAUUAAUAUUCAAAGAACUCAAUUGAAUAUAAACUGACAGCCUAAAUUCUGUUCCAUGUUUGGUACUAUUUUUCAGUAAAAAUCUGAAUCCUGUGUAAA